UUUCACCAAUUUUCCAUAAUUGUGCGAAAAUAAUACAUAUACAAAUCUUUGUAUGUGUGUGUGUCUAUAUAUAUAUAUAUAGUAAAUACGUUAAUAUAGUUAAUUUGUAACUGUUUUUUUAGUAUAUAAAAUAAGAAAUUAGUAUUAAGCUAACCCAAUAUGAAAUUGAGCUAAAAUCACACAACUUCACGGUUCUCAUGAAUUCAGGAGUUUCAGAUCUCACUUCGGGAAUCUGAUUUUGACAUUUCUCAGAUUCAAAGGGCGGGAUUUCGAAUCCGCGGUGAGAUCUGUAUGUAUUCAGAUUGAACAAGAAAUGGGUUGCACAUUUUCUGGAUUGAAUGCUUUCUACGAUGCUGUGAAUAGCGGUGGUGAUGUGUGGAUCAAUGAGAACAGAUUCAGGAUCGUUAGGCAGCUCGGUGAAGGUGGCUUUGCUUAUGUCUUCCUUGUUAAGGAAGUGCUCGCUGAUACAUCUUCAGAUGCUGUUCAAAGUGGUUUGCGCAAGAAAUUCAAGGACUCUACUCAUCUUUCUGAUGAUGGUUCCUAUGCAUUGAAAAAGGUGCUCAUUCAGAAUAAUGAACAACUGGAAUUGGUGAAAGAGGAGAUUCGUGUUUCAUCCCUGUUUAGUCAUCCCAAUCUACUUCCUCUUCUUGAUCAUGCUAUAAUAGCUACUAAGCCUACCCAAGAACGAUCUUGGAACCAUGAAGCAUACCUACUAUUUCCAGUACAUUUGGAUGGAACGUUAUUGGACAAUGCAAAAACCAUGAAAGGAAAAAAGGAGUUCUUCUCAACAUCUGAUGUUUUGCAAAUAUUUCGACAGCUAUGUGCGGGUCUCAAGCACAUGCACAAUUUUGAUCCACCAUAUGCACACAAUGACAUAAAGCCUGGUAAUGUUCUCAUAACUCGUAGAAAGGGCCAGCCUCCUCUUGCUAUAUUGAUGGAUUUUGGAAGUGCCCGACCUGCAAGGAGACAAAUUAGCUCUCGUUCAGAAGCAUUGCAGCUACAGGAAUGGGCAUCUGAACAUUGUUCUGCUCCUUUCCGGGCUCCUGAGUUGUGGGAUUGUGCAAGCCAUUCGGAUGUCGACGAAAGAACUGAUAUUUGGUCUUUAGGAUGCACGUUGUAUGCAAUAAUGUAUGGGGUAUCUCCAUUUGAAUAUGUGCUUGGCGAAUCUGGAGGAAGCUUACAGUUAGCAAUCGUAAAUGUACAGAUCAAGUGGCCGGCUGGACCAACUCCUCCAUAUCCCGAAGCUCUUCAUCAGUUUGUGAAGUGGAUGCUUCAGCCACAGGCUGCAGUACGUCCGCACAUUGAUGAUAUUGUAAUUCAUGUUGACAAGCUUAUCUCAAAGUUCUCUAACUGAGACAUAAUGGAAAUGAGGCAAACCUCAGAUCCUUAUUCUCGUUAGGAAUUAUAUUACUUUGAGCUACCUGGCUUUUCAUGGCUGACACACCUGGCAUUACUUGCUGUGGAAAUAAAGCAGGAGCUGUUCCUAUUCCAAUGUUAUACAGUUAAUCGUCAUAGUUUUGGCAAUUGUUCGAUCUUCAAUGUUCUUGGACUAUCCAUGGGAAAUCAUAUAGUUCUAAUAUUUUUGUAAUUUAUACUACAGAUUGUUCUCAUCUUCUUGAUUAUAGUUGUAGAAAAUGCACCAUUGUGCUACCCACAUAAUUUAUGUUUCUAGAAGCAUAUAUUUGUCCUAAAAAGUUCCUUGAGCCUAAUAAUGUUCCCUAACAUUAAAUUAUGAUAUUGUAUGAUUGUAAAUUUGAAUGGAUGUUCCUUAAUAUAUUAUUCUGUUAUGUAGCAAA